CAGACAGAUAACGCACGUUUUGUAUAUCCCGCAUUAAAUCUACAAAAUACUCUCCCACAUUUAAACGAACAGUCGUGAUAACUUUUUAUUGAUUGAUUUUCGAUUGUAUUUCUGAUUCCUGAUUCCUGAGUGUGACUCCGCCCUCACAUUCCUGUGUGUCUGGGCUGUGAGGAGGAGCAGGAGCAGAGAAAAAGGGACGAGAGGCUGCUGGGAGCCGCCUGUGGACCCCCUGAACCAGAGAGGAGAUGAUAAACAACAACAGCACCAACAACACCAACAUCACUUCUCAGCUUCGAUCCGACCGCUGCAGCUCCUCACACUUCACCCUCUGAGUGCAAACAGACCGGACGUGUUUCUUCUUUAUUCCCUUUUCUUCACAAGUUGUUGGGAAGUUUUUUUUUUUUUUUCUUUUUCUUUCUGGCUGGAGUUUGUUUCCAGUCUGACUGCAUCAGAGUAAAAGCUGCUGAGUUUCUUGUGUCGCACCGACCAGGCCACAGAGAGAGGAAGAGGCUGUGGAGGAAAUCAUGGAGAUCCUGGAUAGUAGUGAACCGUUUCUACACUGGGACAGGAACCUGAGCGAGCUGUCUGAGGCCGGGGAGAUCGACUGUGCGCUCUACACCAACCAUUUCUCUGAGCUCCUGGACGACCUCUCCCAGGAUGCCUUGCUGGGUCAGCUGCUCAGCGACCCCUUCCUGUCCGGAGUGCGAGGCGGCGGGGAAGCCAUGGAGGGCGAGGACGGAGGCGACCUCUCCCCGUCGUCGCCUCUCCCGCCGCACAUCACGGCCGAGCACAGCUACUCGCUCUGCGGGGACAGUCGGCCGCAGUCGCCCCUGUCGCACCUGACCGGAGAGCACGGCAGCGAAGCCGAGUCCGAUGGGGAUUCAUCCGAGUGGCCCAUGGAGCAGGACGAGGCCAUCGACAGCCUCCUGUGUGAGACUCCCACCCUCCUCCCCACCCUCUCCCUGUCACUGUCCUCGGGGCCUCAAGCACCCGAGGGCCCGGCUGUGGCCCCUGCUGCUGCCGCCGCCGCCACCACCACCGCCGCCGCCCCAGUUCAGACCACAGUCAGCAGCCACAACACAGGCAAAGGCAUCAAGAUUAAGGAGGAGAGCAUCAUCCCUCAGAUUAAACUGGAGCCUCAUGAAGUCGACCAGUUCCUCAAUCUUUCACCCAAAGGUCUGGAGUCUCUGCAGAUGCCUCCCACUCCUCCCAGCUCCCACGGCAGCGACUCGGAGGGCAGCCAGAGCCCCGUCCACGCUCCGCCCGGCCUGUCCUGCCCCACCUCCCCCACCAGCCCUCCUCCAUCCCAGGCCGGCCUGAAGGUGUCGCCUCGCACCGCCUCCUGCCUGUCCAACUCCCCCCUGCUCACCGCCCCUCACAAGCUGCAGGGGUCCGGCCCGUUGAUGCUGACGGAGGAGGAGCGCCGGACGCUGGUGGCUGAAGGUUACCCGGUCCCCACCAAGCUGCCGCUCACCAAAGCCGAGGAGAAGGCGCUGAAGAAGAUCCGCAGGAAGAUCAAAAAUAAGAUUUCUGCUCAGGAGAGUCGCAGGAAGAAGAAAGAGUACAUGGACACCCUGGAGAAGAAGGUGGAGACCUGCUCCAACGAAAACAACGAGCUGCGCAGGAAAGUGGAAAAUCUGGAGUGUACAAACAAGUCUCUGUUACAGCAGCUGCAGUCGCUGCAGGCGGUCGUGGCUGGAAAAGUCCCAAAGUCCUGCAGGGUGGCCGGGACCCAGACUUCAUCCUGCUUAAUGGUGGUCGUGUUGUGUUUCUCUCUGUUUUUGGGCAGUUUCUACCCCAGCAGUUUGACUCCGUGCUCCUCCACCAUCACUGAAACUGGAGUCGCCUCCAAACAGCUGGGUGUGGAGUCCUACACAACCACAGUCAAGUCGAGGAGUCUGUUAUCAACCUUCGAAGAAGAGCCGCCAUACGUCCUCGGCCUGGGCGGAGAAUAUCCCGACCAGAUAGAGGACGCGCCGGCCGUCGUCAUGGCAGCGUGGCGUCGCUCCGAGCAGCAGAAACUGGUGGUGGAGCCCAGCAGGGUGGAGACACACCCACCCUUCAGGAAUAAAAGCAACGACACGCAGACGUCAAAAAACCUGCUGAUGGACAUGCACAGGUCUCUGGAGCAGAGGGCGAAUGAGAGCAGGAGUAAAGUGAUAGAGCUGGAGCGAACGGUCAACGAGACCUCCUGAGGUUCAUAUCAACAACCCCCCCCUCCCCACACCUCACCUGACCUCACCUGAGGCCCAUGAUGACCUUUGACCCCUGCCCCCUCUGGAGCAUGGUUCAGUGUCCUGGAGCAAACCUCAUACAGUAGAUCCCACUGCUGAUUGUUUAAGGUCAUUUUGUUUCUGCCAUCUCUGCUAAAUCAGAUACACUGAAAUAGUAGUUAUGAUUAAAUAAUAAUAAUGAUGAUGAUAAUAAUGAUACUAAUGAUAACAAAGAGGCACUGGUUGCCUUAAUUUCUGAAGUAAAGUUGCACUGAGUUACAAGUUGUAUCGGCAUGAAACACUUGAGAGAAAUUCAAACAGAUCUAGUGAAUAAUAUAACAAGGCAUUUAUUCCAGUAGAAAGUUUAUUAAAAUAUGACGUGAGGCUUUUUACAGGACACUGACAGAGAACCUUUGUAUUUAUAGAAACUUUUUUUUUUUGUUUUUCAAAAAAAAAUUAUUGCUCUUUGUAGUUGUAUUUCUUUUAAUAUUAAAUGUUUUAUUUCAUUCCAGUGAUGCGUACAUCCCAUUUUGAUACUUGUGUUCAUAUUGUAUUUUCGUGUUUUUAUUUUAUUGUACUUUUUAUAUAUUGUGCGUAUUUUUUUUUCUUCUGUUCUGACUUAGAGUUGCAAACAUUUGAAGGCUUAGCUCCGGGGUUCCUGCGCUUAUUUGGGGGAAAAAAAAGUUGAUAUAUUGGCUGUAAAAGAAUGAAAAGGAUUGAGUUGAGUUCUAAGAGACUAAAUGUCACAUAUAAAGACACUUUUAACAUCCUGUUUGUGAUGUUAGCAAGUCUGAAACAGAUUUCACUUUUUUUCCACAACGAAUACUGACUGAAAUUUUUAAAAAAUCCACCUCAAUAUGAAGGUUUUCCAAAAGAAAAAAGCAGUUUUUUCCCCACAGGUGUUCAUAUUUGACAUGUAAGGACCCUGUUAGCUAUACUUCACACAUUUUGACUUAGUUCUCUCUGUAUUAUAUCAAUAUUUGUCUUGAUAUUCUACAAAGUGUUCGAUCGAAGCAUGUUAAAGGGCUACAUUUUUCAGGUUGCUUUCACAAACCUUUGUGUGCAGAUGAGCAGCAAACUACACGUCAAAAUACCUUUAAUAUAUCCUGUAAGGUUGCCUUUAUUUUUGUGGAGUAGCUUGACAUCAUAGAAAGUUAGCCGUGCAGCUAGCAGCCUGGACUGGGAGCUCAAAACUCUGAGGACGUGUUGGUGUUUGCACCGGUAGCACUGGAGCUUUGUACCAGAAUGGGCUGCGGCUAGCUGCUUAGCAUGCUAAACAUGCUUUGCGACACAGUACAUAGAUGUCAUAAUGUUUUUCUUACAUACUGCAUUUUUAAUUAACCUUAGAUGUGCUGGUAGAUUUACUUAGACUCAGCCAGGCUAGCUUGUUUUCCAGUCUUUGUGCUAAGCUAAGCUAAGCUAAGCUAAGCGAUGCUAUCCACCUGUAGCUUCAUAUUAACAUACAUACCUGAGAGUGAUAUCGAUCUUCUCAGUUCAGUCUUGGCAGAUAAGAGAAGAAAAGAUAUAUUCCAAAAAAUGUCAAACUGUGUCUUUUUUUCUUAAAUGUCUGAUGGAACCACAGAAUCAACUUUCCUGCGCUAACUUUAUUUUUGCCUUAAACCCUGCCAUGUUUUUUGCCUUAAACACUUUCAGCAUUUGCCAAAAAAACCCCCCCAACUUUCAUCCCAGAAAUGAAUUUAAAAAGUAUCUAUUUUUGUAAAUAUAACUUGUUAAUAAAUGAGGAAGUCUAAAUGUGUCUGGGAUCUGUCAGUUUAUGAACCAAUCUAUAAUUCAUAACGAGUCUAUUUUGGAUGUUGUUGAUAAAUUAUGAACGAGAGAUGUCGUCAUGGUUUUUUUUUCUUUUUCCUGAAUGUCUGCUGGGUUUGUUAAUGACAUGUCGUGGCUUUAAAUGUCGUAACUCUCCAUCGCAAGUGUCCUACCGAUGGGUUUGUGAGUUUCUGAGCUUUAUUGAAACACGUUCUUUCAUGUGCGUUACAGUCCUCUUAUAUCACAUGAGGCCAGUUCACCUUCUGUACGUUCGUUUUGUUGUUGUUGUUUGUUAUUCAGAUGAGUUUUAACCGAUAUCCUCCUGUCAAAACAAGCCAAGAAAUGUUAGAAACUGUAUUUUACAGCUGAGGAUGAAUCAAACUGUCAACUUAAUUAGAUCCCAGUCCCGUUUAGAGGCUAGAAAACAAGAUUUGUGUAUCAAAGUCUCAUAUUUUAUAGCUUUGUAGAUCAGAGGCUAGACCAUCAAAGACUUGCUGUUCAAUCUGUCUGUGCUGUAGUUCGGAUGCACUGACGAUGCUCCCAGAUAGCCAAAACUACAUUCCUCACAGAGUCUACAAAGGCUCUAUCAGAGAGAUAAACAUAGUUUUUAUGUUUUCAUCAUUUUUAUGGAAAAUUCUCCUCCGGCUGAGACUGAAACUAGCAGCCAUUGGAGAGCAUUUUCCAAAUCAGUUUAAUUUCCACGUUGCUCCCGUGUAACGCCACUCUGACUUAGACUUUCUGUCUCUUUGCUUUCAAAUGAAUAAAGUAUUUUCCUUAGUAAAAGCAUCA